AUGCCGAAGUUAUAUACCGAUCUCGAAAUCCCACAGUUGAAAAUCUCUGUUAAACAACCACUUGGGUUGUUCAUCAACAACGAAUUUUGCCCAUCAUCAGACGGUAAAACAAUCGAAACUGUAAAUCCAAGUACCGGGGAGGUUAUAACCUCUUUCCAAGCCGCCAGCGAAAAGGAUGUUGAUAAGGCGGUCAUAGCAGCCAGAGAUGCUUUUGAGAAUGUCUGGUCAAAGACGUCUGCUGAACAACGUGGCAUAUAUCUCUCAAACCUAUUGAAACUCAUCGAAGAAGAACAAGAUACGUUGGCUGCUUUAGAAACUAUAGACUCUGGUAAACCUUUCCAUUCUAAUGCUAAGCAAGAUAUAGCCGAAAUCAUAGAACUCACAAGAUACUAUGCAGGAUCAGUCGACAAAUUCAAUAGGGGCGAAACUAUUCCACUGAAUUCUGAAAAGCUUGCUUACACUUUGAAGGUUCCGUUCGGGGUCGUUGCUCAGAUUGUUCCAUGGAAUUAUCCUCUAGCCAUGGCAUCUAGAAAAUUGCAAGGCGCUCUAGCCGCAGGUAACACUGUUCUGAUUAAACCAGCUGAAAAUACUUCUUUGUCCCUCCUUUAUUUCGCUACAUUGAUCAAAAAGGCUGGCUUCCCACCAGGUGUCGUAAAUGUUGUUCCAGGUUAUGGUUCUAUAGUAGGGAAAGCUUUAGGAACACACAUGGACAUAGACAAGAUAUCUUUCACAGGAAGCACUAAGGUUGGUGGGUCCGUGUUGGAAGCCUCCGGCCAAUCCAACCUUAAGGACGUUACGUUAGAAUGUGGUGGUAAAUCUCCUGCCCUAGUAUUUGAAGACGCUGACCUUGACAAGGCUGUCAACUGGAUAGCAAAUGGUAUAUUUUUUAACUCGGGACAGGUCUGUACUGCAAACUCAAGAGUCUAUGUCCAAAGUUCAAUUUACGAUAAGUUUGUCAAGAAGUUCAAGGAAAUUGCAAAGAAAGACUGGGACGUGUCAGGAAACUUUGAUCCCUUUGAUGAGAAGUGUCUCGUUGGUCCAGUCAUAUCAAGUACUCAAUACGACCGUAUCAAAGAAUUCAUCGAAUUCGGUAAAAAGGAAGAAAAAUUGAGCAUGUUUCAAACUACUGAAUUCCCCAUUGAGCAAACCAAAGGUUACUUUAUCCCGCCAACAAUUUUUACUGACGUCCCACAAUCGUCUAGAUUGUUACAGGAGGAGAUAUUCGGACCGGUCGUGGUUGUCAGUAAGUUCGAAAACUACGAUGAUGCUAUGAAACUAGCCAAUGACACUUGCUACGGGCUUGCCUCUGCUAUCUUUACUAGAGACGUGAAGAAGGCACACAUGUUUGCUCGUGACAUCAAGGCAGGAACUGUUUGGGUGAACUCGUCCAAUGACGAAGAUGUUACUGUUCCUUUUGGUGGGUUUAAAAUGAGCGGUAUUGGUAGAGAAUCAGGCGAAAGCGGUGUCGACAACUACCUUCAAACGAAAUCUGUCCAUGUUAAUAUUUCCUUGGAUAAAUAA